CGGGAAUGGGGGAGCUGCUGCUGCUGCCGCCGCCACCGCCGCCGCCGCUGCUGCCGCUCUGCCCGCGCCCCGAGACUCCGGCGCCGCCUCCUCCGUGCUCGGCCUGAAGCGCGCUCGCACUCGUGGAUCCCGGCGGGGAAGGGGCUAUGGGCCGCCUCCCCGAGGCGCGGCGGCUGUGAGGCGGCCGGCGCUCGCUCGGGAGCCGGGGGGAGAGGCUGCCGGCUGCCGGCCAGGCUGCGCCGGGGAGGGGAGUGCCGCUCGCAGCCGGCGGCGGGCGCGCAGGCAGCACCGCGGUGCCGGUGACUUGGGGGUGCCGCUCCCCGCCCGCGCCCGGCCGCGGCGGUGCAUGGAUGCGCCAUGGCCACGCUGGUGUGCCGGGUGCAGCUGCUGGAUGACACCGACCCCUUCAACAGCACCAACUUCCCCGAGCCCACCCGGCCGCCGCUCUACACCUUCCGGGAGGACAUCCCGCUCGCCACCCAGCUGGCCGGGGUGCACCGCCUCCUCCGCGCCCCGCAGAAGCUUGAUGACUGCACCCUGCAAUUGUCUCAUAACGGUACCUAUCUGGAUCUAGAAUCCACCUUAGCAGAGCAAAAAGAUGAAUUAGAAGGCUUCCAGGAGGAUGCUGGGAGGGGCAAGAAGCACAGCAUAAUUCUGAGGACCCAGCUAUCAGUGAGAGUCCAUGCCUGCAUUGAAAAACUUUACAAUUCCAAUGGACGGGAGCUGAGACGGGCACUUUUUUCCUUGAAACAAAUAUUUCAGGAUGACAAGGACUUGGUUCAUGAGUUUGUUAUUGCAGAAGGUCUGACUUGCUUAAUCAAAGUGGGAGCAGAAGCUGACCAGAAUUAUCAGAACUACAUCCUGAGAGCUUUGGGCCAGAUAAUGCUUUAUGUCGAUGGCAUGAAUGGAGUGAUAAAUCAUAAUGAAACCAUCCAAUGGCUGUACACACUUAUUGGCUCAAAGUUUCGCCUGGUGGUAAAGACCGCACUGAAGCUGCUGCUGGUGUUUGUGGAGUACACAGAAUCCAAUGCACCACUUUUGAUCCAGGCAGUGUCUACUGUGGAUGAAAAGAGAGGAGCCAAGCCAUGGUCCAACAUCAUGGAGAUACUGGAGGAGAAGGAUGGGGUUGACACAGAACUACUGGUUUAUGCAAUGACCUUGGUUAACAAGACACUGUCAGGACUGCCAGAUCAAGACUCUUUCUACGAUGUGGUGGACUGUCUGGAAGAGCUAGGCAUUGAAGCUAUUUCACAGAGACACUUGAACAAGAAAGGAGCAGACUUGGACUUAGUUGAGCAAUUUAACAUUUAUGAGGUGACACUGAGGCAUGAAGAUGGAGAUGAGAGUGCUGAGCCCCCUCCCAGUGGGCGCAAGGAUCGGAGGAGGGCCAGCCUUGGUGCUGGGGAGCGCAGGGGGCUGGAGCGCAGGCGGAGCCGGAGGCACUCGGCACAGAACGUCAAGAGCACUUUGUCAGCCCCCGCCAGCCCCUGCGGGCAGUCGAGCUUCGUGCUGAGCCAUGAGCAGCGCGUGGAAGAGCUCAGUGAGAGAGAGGACGAGUAUGAAGAGGAGGAAGAAGAACAGCCAGUCACAGAGCCCAAUACUGAGGAUGAGGGGGAGGAAGAGGCCAAUAGGCAGGUCAAAGCCAGGUACAAUAGCUAUGGCAGCAGCUCUUACUCUUCUCCACGACCUUACACUGGUGUGAGUGCCCCAACAACACCCACUACUCGUUAUGGGACAACUCUGUCACCGCCUCAGGAGACCAAAUCUGACAGGCCAGCUUUGGGUGGUCUCCUUACAUCAUCCUUUCGGCAGCACCAGGAGUCCUUGGCAGCAGAAAGAGAAAGACGGCGUCAGGAGAGAGAAGAAAGGUUGCAAAGGAUUGAACGUGAAGAAAGAAACAAAUUCAAAUACAAAUACUUGGAGAAGUUGGCAGCAGAGGAGUAUGAGAAGGAGCUAAAGAGUCGGAGUGUCAGCCGAGGCAGAAGUGAGCUGUCCUUGAACCUGAGAUCUCCUUCAGGUCCAUCCUCACCUGUACCCAAGUGCGUCAGCCCAGCAUCCAUACAGUCUCAGGAAGAGCUGAAGACCCCUUCCACCCCGUGUAGAACUCCUCAGCCCUCAGAAGUGAGUGCCAGUGAACCCGAACCAGAGACAGAGACAGAACCAGAACCAGAGCAGGAGGCUGAGGCUGAGGCCAAGCAGGGAACGGAGACACCCAAGGAAAUAGAGGCUACAGAGGUGGGACCAGAGAGUGAGGUGGAGCAAGGACCAGAGAGAGAGCCAGAAGAAAGUGCAAUACUCAGUGAAAAGGAGAGGCAGAAUGAGGAAGUGAAUGAAAAAGACAACUGUUCUGCAUCCAGUAUAUCCUCAGCAAGCAGCACUUUAGAGAGGGAAGAGAGAGAGGACAAGUUAACCAGUGACAAUGAAACUGGUCCAUGGUCACAGACCAUUCAGGAUGCUGGUGUGAAUGAGCAGUGCAGCAACAUCCUCAAUAACAAGCGGUUUAUGCUGGACAUGUUGUAUGCACAUAACAAAAAGCCCAAAGAUGAAGAGGAAAAGGAGCUGGAGGCGAAGGAGGAAAAGAAGGAGACGGAGGAAAGCGAGGAGUCUCUCACUAGCCUAGCCAGCAGGAUCUCUAUUCUUCAGGCCACAAAGCAGUCCAAAGAUGAAAGUGUCAAAAAGAUGGAGAUUGGAAAUCUGGACAACCAAGGCAGUGUGAAAGCCUUUGCAGAAAAAUUUAACAGUGGUGAGCUGGCUAAGGGGACAGCAGUGCCUGAAGAUGAAAUCAGUGAACAGGUCCCCGAGAAAACACCAGCGCAGACAAAGAAGGAAUCUGAUUACAUCUGGGAUCAGCUCAUGGCUAAUCCUCGAGAACUUAAAAUCAAAGACAUGGAUUUUACAGACUUGGGGGAGGAGGAUGAUGUAGAUGUGUUGGACAUGGAUAUGAGUCCUGGGGACUCCCUUGUUCCCCCUCCUCCACCUCCACCUUCUUUUCUGGGUUUGCCUCCUCCACCACCUCCCCCCUUGUUUGGAUGUCCGCCUCCACCUCCACCCUCUGCUAAUUUAUUGGCUCCUCCUCCACUGUUCAGCACUCCUCAGGGUUUAGGGUCACCCCAGGUUUCUAGGGGUCAGCCAGCAUUUAUAAAAAAGAAGAAAACCAUUCGUCUAUUUUGGAAUGAGGUACGGCCAUUUGAGUGGCAGUGUAAAAACAACAAACGCUGCAGAGAAUUCCUGUGGUCGAAACUGGAACCCAUUAAGGUGGACACUUCCAAACUGGAGCAUCUCUUUGAGUCUAAAUCCAAGGAACUGCCUGUCACUAAGAAAACUGCUGCAGAUGGGAAGCGACAGGAGAUCAUUGUGCUAGACUCGAAGCGAAGCAAUGCCAUUAAUAUUGGCUUGACUGUGUUGCCCCCGCCCCGCACCAUCAAGACUGCUAUUUUGAACUUUGAUGAAUAUGCCUUAAACAAGGAAGGAAUAGAGAAAAUCCUGACCAUGAUCCCAACCGAGGAGGAAAAGCAGAAGAUCCAAGAGGCACAGCUGGCGAAUCCCGAUGUCCCCCUGGGCAGCGCUGAGCAGUUCCUUCUCACCCUCUCCUCCAUCAGUGAACUCUCUGCCAGGCUCCAGCUCUGGGCUUUCAAGAUGGACUAUGAGAUAGUGGAAAAGGAAGUUGCAGAACCACUGCUAGACCUGAAGGAGGGAAUGGACCAACUGGAGCACAAUAAAACUUUGGGAUUUAUCCUUUCUACUCUACUAGCAAUUGGGAACUUUCUGAAUGGAACCAACGCCAAAGCUUUUGAGUUGAGCUACCUCGAGAAGGUUCCAGAAGUCAAGGACACAGUGCACAAACAGUCCCUCCUGCACCACGUCUGCACUAUGGUGGUAGAAAAGUUCCCAGACAGCACUGAUCUUUAUUCAGAGAUCGGGGCCAUCACUAGGUCAGCCAAGGUUGACUUUGAACAACUCCAGGAAAACUUGUGUCAGAUGGAAAGACGGUGCAAAGCAUCAUGGGAUCACCUUAAGGCUAUAGCAAAGCAUGAAAUGAAGCCAAGUCUAAAGCAAAAAAUGUCUGAAUUCCUUAAAGACUGUGCAGAAAGAAUCAUAAUCCUGAAGAUUGUUCAUAGAAGAAUAAUUAACAGGUUUCACUCAUUUUUGUUAUUUAUGGGCCAUCCUCCCUACGCAAUACGUGAAGUCAACAUCAAUAAGUUCUGCAAAAUUAUUAGUGAAUUUGCUCUGGAAUACCGCACCACCAGGGAACGAGUUCUGCAGCAAAAACAGAAACGAGCUAACCACAGGGAAAGAAACAAGACCAGAGGGAAAAUGAUAACAGAUUCUGGCAAGUUCUCCAGCAGCUCCCCGCCCUGCCAGAGCCAGCCCCAGGGCCUGCAGUACGCCGAGGAUGCUGCCGAGCACGAGAACAUGAAGGCUGUGCUGAAGACCUGCUCCAUGGGUGGGGACAGCACCAUGGCACUGGGCAUCCGCACUCGGAGCCGGGCCAGCCGAGGCCGUAUCGGUUCAUGGAACGCUGGCAACGACGAUUCACCGAACGCAACAGAUGACGCUGCGGAUGAGAUCAUGGAUCGCAUUGUCAAGUCCGCCACCCAAGUGCCAAGCCAGCGAGCGGUGCCUAGAGAGAGGAAGCGCUCACGAGCAAAUAGGAAGUCAUUGAGAAGGACACUAAAGAGUGGGCUAACACCAGAAGAAGCCAAAGCACUGGGCCUCAUCAGCACUUCUGAGAUGCAGGUUUGACAUCCCAGAGGUGGCAACAGGAAGAGCCGUUCAUCUGAAGCACACAGGCUGACAACCCUUCAGCGUGGCAUUGAACUGCCAGACUCCUCUGCUGCUCCCAACAUCCUAUCCUCUGUUAGUUCAAUUUUAAUAAGCAACAAAAAUCAAAACCCCACAUCCAGGGCAGAAGAAGGGUGUGCCACAGCUCAGCAUGACAUCCAGAUGGUAAAUGAGGAAGCAUUUGAGUACUCCUAAGUGAAAGCACAUGGCUUCUUCUUCUCAUGGUGUGUUGAUGUGGGUAGGAGAGGGCUCUCUGAGUUAUCUGUCAUUAUGUGAGCUGUUGUUUACGUUGGCUUUCUUUGUGCCCUGUUUUAGUCAUUGUAAAUGUAUGGCGUUUUGUCAAUGCAAGGAACAGUCCUUAAUGAGGCAAAAUAACUCCUGUUACAGCAACCCAAAUUUUCCUCAAGCAGAUUCAUUAAGACAAGAUGCACAGUCUGUGCAACCCUGUGGUUUGUUGGGUUUUUUAUUGUUUUGCCACCAAAGAAUGUAAAAAUGUAUGUGUACCUUUGUAUAUGUACAGAAUGAAUGUGUGGACAUGUGUGCAUGUAUCUGUACAUAUGCAGUCAUGGUGUGAAAUCAUGCUUUUGCUGAAGCCAGCUGGACCAUGAUUCUCACUGUGGGGCCUUACUGUUCCACCUGGACAGGAGGAAAAGAAUGUCUUUUUUUGCAGGAACUCAGUGUUGUUCAGUGUGCCCCACCCUGUGGGGCAGGCCAUGGCCUGCUAUACAAGUGCAGAGUUUAGGAUCCUGAAUUUCAUGUGCAUUAAUGCACACUCAUACUGCACAUAGCAGCAUGCACACAGAGGAGAGAACACAAUUCCUCCUUCUUGUUGAGCUAUGGUUUUACUCUGCAUUUGUACAGUUUUGGAGAGAUCUACAUCAACAAUUUUACAUACUCGAUAAAUGGGUUUGGAUGCUAAGAUCAAGAAGUUUUGUUCACUUGCCUGUGCCCUUCAUGCUGCUUUUCUCUGCUGCAAGAUAAUGUGGUGGUGAUUUUAUUUCAGUUUAAUGAAUCCUAAUAUGAAAUAGCCCUGCUAAAAAGCCUGCUGUGUUUUUGCUGUUCUUUACUGGUUUUUUGUGAUUAUCCUUGAUAUACGAGUGGAGUGGGUACCACAGUAAACAACUCCAAUAUAUUUGCCCUUAUCUCACAGUUUUUUAACUGACUUUUAUAACUGCCCUCAGCAUGUUUCAAGAACCUUAGUCAACUCAUCUGCCUUUAAGUGCAGGACAUAUACAGCAGUGAAGAUGAAUUGAAGAGUCAUCCCAGCCAGUGCUGAAGUAUUUUGAAGAGAACUGCAAACAACAAUAGCAUAAAAGGGAACUUCUUAAGCCAAAGUCUGUAUAUGGCCAAUAGAUCCUCAAGGAUGCACAAGAUUGUCUCUUUCCAUUGCCUUAGCCUCUAAGAUUAUGUCUGCACAGCAGUAACAGCUGAGACUUUAAAGCUGUUUAGCUGAGGAACUGCAGCAGUUUAGUCAUGGUAACAGGGUUCGAUUUUGGCUGCAAAACACACUUGGAAAAUAGAGUUAAGUAAUAGUCUAUGCUGGGGUCCUAAUGCCAUAGCCAUAGCUAUGUUAAUCUGGCACCCAGGUUAGGCCAAGUACUUCAGGUUAUUCUACUCUGCUCUCUUUUAAGGACAGGAUAAUCACUGAAGAUUGUUCAAGAGAAUUGAACCAAACAUAAUAAACCUUUGAAACCGUGGUCAUCCAGCACAUUGCAUUGAGCACAGCAUCCAAGUGAUGACAGAGCCAGGUAUCUGACAACACUGCAGUGACACCUGUGGCUGAACAUCCUACCUAUGCUGUCCACCCUCUUGAUUGUAACAUUUCAUUCUUUAUCUGCCAAUGCCUUGGAUCUCCCAUGGAAUAAAAAGCCACUAAAGAGCAAUGGUUCUUAAGAACAGCAUUGAGUUUGAUGUGGCUUUCCCCUAAAUUUGUUAAAAAGCUGAUUUUACAAGUAGACAGAAGACAGUAGUUGGAUAAUCAAUACAAUAUGUUGUGUAUAUGAAGGUUAUGGAAAGGAAGAAGCUGGUUAGGAAACAGAAGUGGCAUAUAACUAAUUUCACUGUAAAAUAGGCAAGACCUAUAAGCAUCUGGAUUUUAAAGUGGAUCUUUAUGUGCUGCUCACUGCUAUGGGCUUUUUAAAUAUUGCUUAAGGAUGCUUAGAACAAAGAACUGAAGGUAAUGGGGGUUUGUGGAGGUGUUUAAAGUCUGAAACAAGAGGAAGACACCCUGAAUGUAAUGGUCUUGUUGAACUGGGCUACUUGCUAAGUGAUAAGCAAAGCAAAAAUACAACAAAGUACAUUGAUUCUCUCAGAGGUUCCAUAUUUGACUGGAGGGAGAAAAUCAAACAAAUCUUUAAAAAUUAAUAUUUUAAUUAAAAUAUGCUGAAUGUGCGAAAUUGGUGACCACUUGGCUAUUGGUGGCCACUUUCUAACAGAGAACAAUUUUGUGUUUCAUUUAAGCAUAGUACAGUGUCUGUCUCUGAAACAUAACAUAGGUGAUAAAUUACUAAUAGUUGGGCAUACAUAUUUUCCAAAUUGUGCAAAAAUUGUGCAAAAAUUUAUAUGCUCCUUAUCAAGGAGAACAUGAAAUAUGGGGAAUAAUAUAGGUUGGAAGAACUUCAGUGGAAAAAAAAAGAGGUGUUUUCUUUCAGGUUCUCUGGAUGUUUCUUACAUGGGAAGCAGAUUCUUCCUUUUCUGUUCUUCUAUGGCAUUUAGCAACUUUUCUAUAGCAACCAAGAAUAACUUGGUUUUGUUUAUUCACUAGUAUGCAUUCAGAUAAAUUCCACUGUCCUCAGCACUUAUUGCAACAAGAUCAUCAGACACAGUGUUGCACAUUAACUGCAGGGAAGAUUUCCAUUUUGGUUCCUGAUAAAAAUGACCGACUAAUCUGUAAGGAGGCAGUAUUUCCUCCAGAGUCUGCCAGCAUGUCCUGACUGUGGGAAUAACAUUUGUUCCCUUCAUCUACCUAGUGGAUUCCAGAUGAAGUGGAGGAAUUCAUUAUAUCUUUAUGCCUCUGUCUGUCUAGUGAGGUUGUAACCUUCAGGUUUUGAGCUGCUGCCUGCCCUUCCGUCAUUGGAAGAGCCCACCAUAAGGAUGUAACUCUUGUUUUAAGACAAGUUUUGUGUGAGAUUUGGAUUGGUUUCUGACAAAUAUAGAAGUCUCGGGUACACAAUGUUGUAACACAUGUUCUCAUUUCUCACUCAGAGUUCCAUAAAGGCUGUUUUUAAACACUUGCAGCCAUAAUAACUACCUCUCUUCCCUUUCCAAUAGAUAAGAGUCAAAUGCAGUGCCCAGAGCACUGUGUCUGACUGUCACCAUAAUGCCUUCCUGAUCUGGAUGCUGAGGUAAACUUUAGCACGUGAAAUAACCUCCAAAGGGAACCCAUCCUAGUUUCCUUUCAUCUCACUUGAUGUUUAAAAGCAGACUGCAUGCACAUAUUUUCUAUACUCUCACUCCCAAGUGGAAAUAACGCUCAGUAGCAGUUGUAUGGCUGCAGUGAAGAAAGCCCCAGGGAACGCUUGUGUGUCACCCUUGAGAGUAAAAGAUCUCUCACAAAAGUUAAAUUCAUCACUCUUCACCUUUCAGUCAGGCCAGGCACCAGAGUCAUGGAUUCCAGAUGUUUUAUAGCCCCUUGGCUGCUAUGUAUGACCUUUCUGUUUAAUAGCUCCUUGUCCAUAAUCCAAAAUCAACAAAAAAAAAAAAAAAAAAAAAAAAAAAAAAAAAAAAAAAAAAAGCUGGUUUAAUGAGGGUCUUUCUUUCUCCCUUAAAUACUGGAAGCAGCUUCAAACAUUGUUUUAAAAAUGCAUUUCUUUUUCUCUUUUGACACCGCUUUUUAGUGAAUCUCUGCAGUGAUAGAUUCUGUCAGCUAAAUAAGGCAUCAGUUUUGUAGAUAGACAAGACUUUGACUAAAACAUAAUAGAUAAUCACAUGUGAAUAUCAAGAUGUAAGUUAGUGUCCCAAUUUAACAGAAAUUUUGAGUCAGUCUUGAUGUGAGCGAACAGCAAGGGCCUCCUCUAAAGUUCUGCAGGACAGCACCUUAAAUCCCUGGUGCACUGUGCUCUAAAUGUACCCUGGCCAACACUAAAAGCUAUUGAGAAGCUACAUUUGAGGACCUCAAAAACCAUCCCAACCCCAAGGGGCAAGAUGCCAUUUUAGGUGCAGCAAAUGGUUCCUUUUGUCAGGCAGCUGCCCUCCAGCAGCCUCCCUGGGGAUGUAACCACAGCAAGUGGCUGUCCAAAAUGCUUUGGAAGCUGCAUGGCUGAUGGCAGUAGGCUGUGACCAGGUUCACUGUGCAGCUGUGGUUAUUGCAAUGCUUUGAUUUCACAGAGAUGAAAUGGGAACAAGGUGCCAGCCCACCAAUUUCACAUCCUUCAUCCUUCCAGUGCAGCUCAUGGACAGGGGCAUGCACUGCCUGCCUCUGUCCAAAGGAUGCACAGGCUGGUAGGCAGAAGCAGGAGCAUAUUCCUCUCUCCUUUUCACUCCUGCAGCACACUGCACGUGCUCCAAUCCUCCCGUUUCCUUCAAGGCAGGCUGAGUGUGCAAGGUGAGCGGCCUGACCCUGGGACACAGUCGGAUGGCAGCUCUGUGCUUGCAGCAGCAGUACACAAGAAACACUUGUUUAAGCUGAAAGGGACACGACUGUUGAUGUUCCUCUGGAGGAAAAACUGCCAGGUACUUACAGACUCUGAAAGAAAAGCAACUGAAGUGUUUUUGAAGGAGAAAAUGUUUGGUUGUAGGCAACCAUUGAAAACCAUUCACAAACAUUUGAACAGCAUGCAAGGCCCACCUUCCUUUGCUUCAACUGGGGUAGCAACUGGCUCAAUUGGCAUUUCAGAUGUAACCCCAAGAAGUUUUGGCAAGCAGUUUAACAGUUACAAUAGCAAGGAGUUUCAGAGAUGUAUAGUUUGAUGUUUAUGCCAAAAAAAAAAAAAACUCUAAUUAGUCCAUUUCACAUUGAGUGGCAGGUAGAGAUAUAUUUUGUUUAAUCACUAUCUAAUACAGAGGCUUCUGUGAAAGAAAAUGUUUAUUUGUAGCAUUGGAUGCAUUUCUCCUUUUUAAAGACUGUCUUUGCGCAUAUAGUGUCCUUUUUAUGUGAGCUGGGAAUUGUAAAAAAAUGUAAAGUAGAAGAGGAUGUGUUUCUUAGACGAAGGAGAAAUACUGUAAAAUUGUGUAAAUGUCACUACUCAUGUUUUUCCAUGUUCUGUGUAGCAUAGUGUAAAAUAGGCUCUCCAGCAGUGUUAUUCUGUGAAUUGUAAUUUAAAAAACAAGCCAUGCAUGGUCAGAGAUAUUAUCUGCAGGUCCUUUUGGUUGAGUUUUUGGUUUUGUUUGUUGUUUUCUCGUUUUAGGUGAAUUCAUUCUAUGUUAAAUUUAAUUGUCCGUGAAAAUGCAUUUUUGUUUCUGUUGUAUUUCAUAAAGAACUUGAACUACUCUUUUAAGAUUUUAUUACACACAAAGCUCACCUACCGUUUGUAUUGAUCCUUCAGAAGCUGUGUCACAUUUAGUAUAAACUGGGGGGGGAUUUUAUUUUUAGCUGCCUAUUGUCCCCCCACUCUUCCCACUUUACUGUCUGGAAACAUCCAAUCACACCCUAUUUUUUUUUUCUUCUGUGCCAUGCAGGGUCAAUAUGCAAAGCUGACUUCAGACCAGUGUCCAAAAAAUUCUUGAUAUAAGUAGUUUAAAAGCUCACCUCUACAGCGUUAUGUAAACACAUCUUGCAAUAAAGCUUUAUAAAGCACUGA